UAGUAAGCUGCUCCAUCGGCAACUGAAAUAAAUGCAAAUCUGCAAUCAGGCACGGACAAGAGACGAAAAUAGGAGUAUUUUAAAAUCCGGAGUUGAUUAAAGAUUAUUGGGAUUUGACUUUGGAAAUUACUGUUAAUAAAAGUGCCAAUAAUGAUCGACAGACCAGAAGAGAAAUAGCUCACGACAGACAGGUAACAGGAUGUCGUCGUCGUCGAUUACGGAGGUCAGGGAUUCCGACGAACGAACACCGCUUCUUGGGAGUUCCUCGCCGGAAGCACCGAUCGUAGGUUCAGUCAACAGUGUGCAAGAAAUCGUCGUUUUGCCAGCUGAAGCAACACCUACACAUUUAAGUAAUUCAAAAGAACGUCUAGUCUCUCUCGAUGUCUUUAGAGGCCUCACUGUUGCUCUGAUGAUUUUGGUUGAUGACGCUGGAAAAGCUUUUCCGAGUAUAAAUCAUUCUCCUUGGUUUGGAGUGACACUUGCGGACUUCGUGAUGCCAUUUUUCCUCUUUGUUGUUGGUGUUUCAGUGAGUCUUGUGUUCAAGAAAGUUCCCAGCAAACUAGCAGCAACAAAGAAAGUUUUGCUCAGGACGGUUAAGCUUUUUAUAUUGGGAGUCAUUCUUCAAGGUGGGUAUUUUCAUGGGCGUGGUGAUCUAAGUUAUGGAGUUGAUAUAGAGAAGAUUAGAUGGAUGGGCGUGUUACAGAGGAUUUCAAUUGGAUAUCUUUUCUCAUCAAUUUUGGAGAUUUGGCUUGUUAACAACAUCUCUGCUGAUUCACCAAUGAAAUUUGUGAGGAGAUACUGGCUUCAGGCGCUGGUUGCAGUGUCACUUAGUGUCUUAUACAUGGGUUUACUAUAUGGCCUUUAUGUUCCAGACUGGGAAUUUAAAGUAGAUACUGCCAGCAACAGCUCAGUAGUACCACAGUAUGGAUCUACUACACAAACUGUUCAUUGUAAUGUGAGGGGAAGUCUUGAUCCUCCGUGCAAUGCAGUUGGCUUCAUUGAUCGACUUAUUCUUGGUGAAAGUCAUCUCUAUCAACGCCCUGUCUACAAAAGAACGAAGGAAUGCAGUAUCAAUUCCCCUGAUUAUGGACCUUUGCCUGAAAAUGCACCUGGAUGGUGUCUUGCCCCAUUUGACCCUGAGGGUAUUUUGAGUUCUUUAAUGGCUGCCAUAACAUGCCUUGUUGGAUUACAUUAUGGGCACAUUCUUGUUCAGUUCAAGGUUCACAAGCAAAGGAUAAUAUUUUGGUCCAUAUUCUCCUUCCCACUACUGAUUGUUGGACUUGUGCUGGUGGUUGUAGGGGUUCCUCUUUCUAAACCACUCUAUACAUUGAGCUAUAUGUUCACCACUGCUGGAGCUUCAGCCAUUGCUUUUACCAUCAUAUAUUACAUUGUUGACGUAGUUUGUUUGAGGAAACCAAUGAUUAUAUUUCAAUGGAUGGGAAUGAAUGCUCUUAUCGUGUAUGCUUUAGCUGCCUGUGACAUCUUUCCUGCAGCUCUCCAAGGUCUCUAUUGGCGUUCAACUGAAAACAAUCUGGUUGACGGCUCAGAGAGGCUAUUGCAAGGAAUGUUACAUUCAGAGAAUUGGGGUACCCUGGCAUUUGUAUUGCUAGAGAUACUAUUUUGGGGCAUUGUAGCCGGAUUCCUGCACAUGAAAAAGCUGUAUAUUAAGUUGUAAUUGAAGCACUGGUUUUCCUCUCCGCUGUAUACCACCUCUCCAUCUGAGCCUGCAUGUCCAGCUAGUGAAACAAACAAGAAGCAGAAAGUGCACAUGUUUUUGGAUGCAAUAAUAAGGUGUCCAAAGCAUCUUUUCUUUUCAAGUUACACAACAUUCUCAUGUUGUCUUCUGGCUCCUUGUAGCAAUGUGUAUUUGUAGACAUUUGAAAUGUCUACAUCAUUCUGUCAUAAGCUUAUUAUGUUGUAGUUUUAUGAUUUUAAAUUGCUCACCAAACACCAAGUGGCAUAAGUUUGUAAUUUUAGAUCGAGGAUCUCAACCUGUUAAAUGUAAAUUAUAUAUAAAUUUUUAACUGCAAAAAGCUA